AGUUUAUUAUUAAUCCUUUGCUUUACCCCUCUAGAUUUUGUUCUUCCCAAACAAUUCACACCGUUUUCUUCCCAGAUACAGAGUUCACGUAUAUGUAGAUGAACUUGUAGUUUUUACGCAUAUCGCAGAAAGCGUUUCUCGUGAUCCACGCGACUUUCUACGUGAUGUAGGAAGUGGGUUUUCAGUUUAAUCGCAAACCCACCUUCGAUCAUUGACAUUAUAAUUAGAUCUGGAGAGAGAAACGCAGAUUUUCGGGGUAAUGUUGUUCUCAGGGAAUCCGUUUCCACUCUUUGGAGUGGAAAGUGGUGGUGAUUUUCAGAGGCUUUGAAGAAAGGGAAAGGCUCGUAGAAAGGCUCAUUUGUCUGUUUAAAGUAGCAACUUUGUGAUCCAUGGCGAGUUUGUGACCCAGAUGGAUCCUCAGGCGUUUAUUAGGUUGUCAAUUGGUUCACUAGGAUUGAGAGUCCCUGGACCAGCUUUGACUGCUGCUAAAUCUGGAAUCCAUGCAUUAACUCAAUGCUCAUGCAAAAUUCGUCUUCGAGGUUUUCCUGUGCAGACAACAUCAGUCCCCUUUGUGUCUUCUCCUGAAGCUAUGCCAGAUCCCCAGAGCAUUGCCUCCAGCUUUUAUUUUGAAAAAUCUGACUUGAAAGCACUGUUGGCACCGGGGUGUUUCUAUGCUUCCCAUGCUUGCCUGAAGAUAGUCGUUUAUGCAGGACGAAAGGGACCAUCCCAUUGUGGGGUUGGUGUCAAAAGGGAGCGGAUAGGAACUUUUAAGUUAGAAGUCGGCCCCGAAUGGGGUGAAGGGAAGUCGGUGAUUCUUUUCAAUGGGUGGAUAGGCAUUGGUAAAGGCAAGCAGGAGAGUGGUAAAAAGCCUGGAGCAGAGCUCCAUUUGCGAGUUAAAUUGGACCCUGAUCCGAGAUACAUUUUCCAAUUUGAGGAUCAGACUAAAUUGAGUCCUCAGAUAGUUCAGCUUCAAGGCAACAUCAAGCAGCCUAUCUUCAGUUGCAAAUUUAGUCGGGACAGAUCUGAACAAGAAACGGAAAGGAGAGAGAGGAAGGGAUGGAAGGUGAAGAUACAUGACCUCUCUGGCUCAGCCGUUGCUGCAGCCUUCAUAACCACUCCCUUUGUUCCAUCAACAGGUUGUGAUUGGGUUGCCAGGUCCAACCCAGGAGCUUGGUUGAUCGUUCGCCCAGAUGCCUGCAGGCCCGAAAGCUGGCAGCCAUGGGGGAAGCUCGAGGCGUGGCGCGAGCGUGCCAUCAGAGACUCAAUUUGCUGCCGUUUCCAUCUCCUCUCCGGAGAGGAGGCCGGGGAGCUUCUCAUGUCUGAGAUUUUCCUCAACGCCGAGAAGGGUGGUGAGUUUUUCAUCGACACAGACAGACAGGAGAUUCGCACAGCUGUGACGCCGGUAACCAGCCCACAGAGCAGCGGUGACUUUGCUGCCUUAAGCCCAGUCACAGGCGGGUUCGUCAUGAGCUGCAGAGUGCAAGGGGAAGGGAAGAGCAGCAAGCCGUUGGUACAACUGGCCAUUCGACACGUGACUUGCGUGGAGGAUGCCGCCAUCUUUAUGGCUCUGGCGGCUGCCGUCGAUCUCAGCAUCGAGGCGUGCCGGCCUUUCCGCAGGCGGAUCCGGCGGGGGAGCCGCCAUUCCUGCUGAGGUAGGUACUUGUAAAAAUAAUAUAUAUAAUGAUCUAUCUCCUGGCCAUGGUGAUGAACUUCCAUUGAACUGAGGAAGCCCCCCCCACUUCCCCCAAGAUUUUUCUUCUGAUUGAUUGUUGUAAAAUGCACCAUUUGGCCUGUACGUGAUCUAUUUAGCUUACAGCUCUCCUUAAGAUUUGUUUUCAACUCCUUAAAACUGAGCUACUAAUUAAGCAGCGUGACUUAAAAGAAAAGACACAUUGAAGCUCGA